AUGACAGAGAGGAAAGAAAAACCAAGAGGCAAAAAACCCAAGCCAGAAACCCCAAUAUCCGCAGCCACCAGAGCCUGGCUCAUCUCACUACCUCCACAAACACAACCAUGGAAGGGCCAAGACGAGCUCGAGACUCUCCUCAACCAGCACACGCCCAAACGGUUCACAGUAUAUGAGCCCAUGCUGUUGCUCCCCAGCGGAAGUUUCAACAAGGGUCCAUGGCCAGCCAUUCUCAACCACCCAAAUAUCAGCAACGAUGAGAUUCAUCGCCUGUGGGAGGCCAUCCUCCGAGAUGUUUCUAAGACCGGCUCAACAGCCCUGACGCAUCUCGCCGUCAACGAAGGAAUUCCCCUGCAAACAGACACAGAUUUAGAGAGCCUAGACGUCGAAAAGAGCGAGAAUAUCCUGCGAACGCCAAGCGGGCUCAAGAUCCUCCACGGCGACUUUGGCCCCUCCAACAACCCCGCCAACCCCUUGCCUCAAGACUUUGAGGGAGCUUUCUGGGUGUCGACUAAGCAGAACGGCAUACAUCAAACAUGGGCUCCGCGGUGGACAAUGUUCAGCCGGGGCAACAUCAAAGAGAAGACGCGCCUCCUCGACUUUCACAGCCAAGCCGGUCCAGACACCACGUUUCCACGCCGUCCACUACCAGUAUCUGUGCUCAAGAACCGCUGGGCGGUAGACAUGUACGCAGGCAUCGGCUACUUCACCUUCUCCUACGCCAAACUCGGACUAAAGGUCCUCUGCUGGGAACUCAACCCGUGGAGCGUCGAAGCACUCCGCCGCGGCGCCGUGGCCAACGGCUGGCGCGUCAGAGUCAUACAGAGAAAGGACCUAUCUCUCCCAGCCGUACAACUGUUUUCAGGCGAUGAGCAAAUCACAAUCUUCCUCCAGGAUAACCAGCAGACUGUGCCUAGGAUAGCAGACAUGCGAGCGUCGGGCACGGCAAUUGACAUUCUACACGUUAACGGCGGACUUCUCCCCACCAGCGAGCCUACAUGGCGCCCGGCGUGGGAUAUCACCGCGCCGUGCGAGGGUGAAUGCUGGCUCCAUCUGCACGAGAACGUGGGCGUCCACGAGAUUGAAUCGCGGCGCUCACAUAUCCAACGCCUUUACGACGGCUGGACAGUAGCGACAGAUGGCGGCAGCGGGCGAGCCGCGGUGGUCGAGCAUGUCGAAUUAGUCAAGACGUACGCGCCCGAUGUAUGGCACUGCGUCUUUGAUGUACAUAUUACAAGAUCUAGUAGUGUUACAUGA